ACUACGAUAGAAACAACGUGAACAGAAUGACUGCACUAGGAGCACAGCGCUUCCUCACUCUUCCAGCCAAUGAACUUCCAAGUGAAAAAUGUACACAACCUCCCAGUGCUCCAGGCAGCCUUUCACUGAGUCCCCAACAGAGCAGUAUAACUGUCAGAUGGUCAGCACCAGCAGACCUUGGUGGGAGGAGAGAUCUCUACUAUCAGGUGGAAAUAAGUGACCCAGACAACCUGGGGUCGUUCACUGGGACAGUAUUCCUCAGUGGAAGUACCACCAGUAGGACAAUCUCUGGCCUAAGACCACACACUCAGUACUGUGUCAGAGUGACAUCCCACAAUGGAGUCAGUGACCAGGACCCUGAUGGAGAACACCUCAGGACUGAAGGGGAGUGCACUACAACGUCAGAAGCUCGUCCAGGAGUGGUGAAUGGAGUUCAGGGGACGUAUCCCUAUGUGGUAUGGAACCCCCCAGAGGAGCCAAAUGGAGUCAUCACGGGCUACAGACUGGUGUUCAGUAGGUCAGGGACCUCCACUACGAGCACUGUCACCACCACUAAUGAUCAGACCUUCUACAUCAUCCAAUCAUCUGAUAUCCCCUGGACCUCCGGAAAGUUCAGAGUAACAGUUGCAGCUGGGAACAGUGUUGGUUUCGGGCCUCAGUCUUCAACUUCUCCACUCAUAAUUGACGGCGAUUCAUGCCCAACAACCAAUUGCCUAGCACAAAGUGUGGGUCUAGUGCGAUAUCCUGCCACACUUGCCUCUACAAGUGGACCAGUGACUGUCACUACACAAUGUGCUGACAAUGCUCACGUCAGAACUGGCUUUAGUCUGAGUGUCAGGUGUAGCUCUACUGGUAGCUGGACUGGUACAACUCCUCAGUGUGAAUGUGAUACUGGAUAUCGUGCAGUCACUGUCAGUGGGAGGCAGACAUGUCAAAGUCUUAAUACAUGCCCAGCUAGAAAUGUUGGUCUAGUUGACUAUCCUACUACACAAGCUCCAGCCAGUGGAUCAGUGGCUGUCACUACACAGUGUGCUGACAAUGCACACGUCAGAACUGGCUUUAGUCUGAGUGUCAGGUGUAGCUCUAGUAGUAGCUGGACUGGAACAACUCCUCAGUGUGAAUGUGAUACUGGAUAUCGUGCAGUCACUGUUAGUGGGAGGCAGAUUUGUCAAACUGAAGAAACCACAUGUCCUCCAACAACAGGUGUUACAUGCGCUGUUAGAACUGUUGGUCUAGUUCGCUAUCCUACUACACUAGCUCCAGCCAGUGGAUCAGUGACUGUCGCUACACAGUGUGCUGACAAUGCACACAUCAGAACUGGCUUUAGUCUGAAUGUCAGGUGUAGCUCUAGUGGUGGCUGGUCUGGUACAACUCCUCAGUGUGAAUGUGAUACUGGAUAUCGUGCAGUCACUCUUAGUGGGAGGCAGAUUUGUCAAAGUGUUAAUACAUGCCCAGCUAGAAGUGUUGGUCUAGUUGACUAUCCUACUACACUAGCUCCAGUCAGUGGAUCAGUGACUGUCGCUACACAGUGUGCUGACAAUGCUCACGUCAGAACUGGCUUUAGUCUGAAUGUCAGGUGUAGCUCUAGUGGUAGCUGGACUGGUACAACUCCUCAGUGUGAAUGUGAUACUGGAUAUCGUGCAGUCACUGUCAGUGGGAGGCAGACUUGUCAAAGUCUUAAUACAUGCCCAGCUAGAAAUGUUGGUCUAGUUGACUAUCCUACUACACAAGCUCCAGCCAGUGGAUCAGUGGCUGUCACUACACAGUGUGCUGACAAUGCUCAUGCCAGAACUGGCUUUAGUCUGAGUGUCAGGUGUAGCUCUAGUAGUAGCUGGACUGGAACAACUCCUCAGUGUGAAUGUGAUACUGGAUAUCGUGCAGUCACUGUUAGUGGGAGGCAGAUUUGUCAAACUGAAGGUAAGUAUUAGAGUGCUCUCGCCACACUUGUAACAAAAAACUCUUGUUUUUUCACCUUUAGAAACCACAUGUCCUCCAACAACAG